AUGAGAAAUAUAAUCACUUACGCCCGCGAAUUCCUCGCCUCAAUUGGUUUCCUGAGACCAUCCUCAGGCACGUCCAUCACAAGCUUAUUUAGCACCCUUCCAGGCCAUCGCCGCAUCCUCCUUAGCGACCUUGACGAUGCUGGCAAGUCUACUCUCUUGCGCUCUCAUUUGGUGACCAAUGUAAAAGAUAUAUCUGCCGUCGUAGGCCUGAUUGGCCAUCAACUUGAAGUCUAUAGAUGCGGGAAUGUCACUUUCCAAACCAUUGAUCUCGGUGGCGGUAGGCCUGAGCCAUACUGGAGAAUAGAGAGGUCGUUCAUGAAGCACUGCGAUGUACUUGUAUGGGUCGACGACUCGUCUGAUCACGACCGCCUCAUAGAAGCAAGAGAAGAGCUUUUCAGAGCUGUACGCCACCAAGACGGAUUGCGCAAAGGGAUCCAGGUAUUGAUUUUAGCAAAAAAGCAAGAUAAGAGUAACGCUCGUACAGCAGAGCAGAUAAAAGGAUUCUAUGUGGACGAUUGUUCGUCCCCUCUAGUAAAUACGCCACAUGCGAUCUUUGAAUCGAGCAUCAAGACUGGCGAGGGAUUAUUCGAGGCUUUUGAAUGGCUGAGCCACACUGUUGAAAGCAGGAUGAAAUAUGACACUGGCAUCAGUGAAAAGGUUCCGCUCUACGGCAAAGAGGAAGAAGCGACUAAAAUCAUUAUGGGAGGACUACAGUCUAGUCAAAAGGAGGAGAUCGGCGAGAAUACAGGGCUGCAUGCUCAUUAA